AUGGCUCAAGAAGACCAUGGGCAGAGUCACGGUGACUCUCCCAAUAAUCCUACAAUUUCUGCCCCGACAUCGAAGUCUCCUUCUCUAGCUCCCAUAGUUACAUCUGUCACCGCUCCUCCAGCUUCCAACACGACUGCUGGACCUCUCAACACCGCUGCUGCCGAGACGACACUACCACCCAUCACCGAACUUGCUUCAGUGCCGUUCACGGCUGCGGACCGCCCGACCGCCUCGACGACCGCUCCAGUUCCCACCUCUACACUCGCCGCAUCCUCCGAAUCCGAUCCUUUCGCCGUCUCUUCUUCCGUGCCGUCACCCACGCCAGCCUCGGCUCCUGCUGCCUCUGCCGCUCCGCCCGCGGUUCCUCAGCAGAACGGCGACAGCAGGGCCCCCGAGGCUGCUUCGACACACACGCCAAACUCAGAAAUGUCCAACCAGCACCCAGGGCUUCCUCAUGGUCAGCAUGUGAGCUAUCCGGGCUCCUCGAUGCCUUAUGCGUCCUCGGCAGCCCAAUCAGCCGCCCAAUCAGCCGCCCAAUAUACCCCUUAUCCUGUAGUCACGAGUCAAGCAACGGAACCAUACAGACCGAGUCCUAUGCCCGUCAGUAUGCCGCUGCCUAGUAUGAGAACAAUCGAAAACCCACAUGGACCUCCGGUAUCUAAUCCGCAGGGCAUGCCGAUGAACAUGCAUAUGGCGCCCACGUCAGGCGGCGUGUCAUUCUAUAGCCACCAAGGCAUGCCGAUGGCAAGCUACGGUCUUCCCGAUUCCAUGGCUCGAUAUGCUAUUCCUCACGAUCCGCGGCUUCUGGGUCACAGGGGACCGAAGAAGCUAGCCAAGGGUUUGGAGAUAGAAGCUGACUUUGAACUGUAG